GUCGACGAAGCCGCCGCCGGAAGUGACGCCGAAGGGAGCCGGAGCCGAGGCGAGCCCAGCGGCCUCUCUCCUUCCCUCCCUGCGGUGACAUUUCCGCUCCCUCCCCGCUGGGCCGAGGAGGAGGAGGAGGAGGAGAGGGCGAGGGCGAGCCGGUGGUGACGGAGGGAGGACACCCGGCCCCUCAUGCUCGAGCUGCUCCCUUCCGCGGGGCCUGAGGCCGGGAGGAGCCUCGGCGGCGGCGGCCCUGGUGUGAGUUUGGUGGUGAAAAACAGCCAGAAUGACAACUUUGGGCACUCAAGUCUUCUGUUCGCAGAACAGGUACAGCAGUGACAGCAGUAGCUGAAGGGUUGCUUUCCUCCUGAAGCCCUUGGCUAAUUUGCGCUGUCCGCUAGACUCUGUGAUCCAUGCUUUGAGACCAGGAGGGACUUAAAAUUUUGAAAUGAAGAUGGAGGCAGCAGACAAAGUAGAAGAACUCAUUGACCCAGAGGUUCCAUCAAAACUCCCAGAAAAACAAGAAGCAGCUCUGUGUGAAGAGGGACCUGUAGAACUAGAAAUGCAUGCCCAGAAAGAGAGCGGAGCUGCUGUGGAGGAUUCGACAGUGCUUGCCUCGAUGCCAUGCUUGCUGAUGGAACUGAGACGAGACUCGUCAGAAUCUCAGCUAGCAUCAACAGAGAGUGACAAACCAACAGCUGGCCGUGUUUAUGAGAGUGACUCUUCCAACCAUUGCAUGCUGUCCCCUUCUUCCAGUGGGCACUUGGCUGAUUCAGACACUCUGUCUUCCGCAGAAGAGAACGAGCCCAGCCAAGCUGAAGCAACUACAGAAGGAGAUGCUUCUGCGGUAUCAGGGUCUACUGUUGGGAGGAAAUCCAGGCGGUCCAGGUCGGAGAGUGAAACCUCAACAAUGGCUGCAAAGAAAAACCGGCAGUCUAGUGAUAAGCAGAAUGGUCGUGUCGCUAAGGUCAAAGGUCAUCGGAGCCAAAAGCACAAAGAGAGAAUUCGGUUAUUGAGGCAGAAACGGGAGGCAGCUGCCCGCAAGAAAUACAACCUGCUGCAGGACAGCAGUACCAGUGAUAGUGACCUGACCUGUGACUCAAGCACGAGUUCAUCAGAUGAUGAUGAAGAAGUUUCAGGGAGCAGCAAGACAAUCACUGCAGAGAUACCAGAUGGAGCUCCGGUUGUGGCUCACUAUGAUAUCUCGGACACAAAUUCCGACCCGGAAGUGGUGAAUGUAGACAAUCUAUUGGCAGCUGCGGUAGUCCAAGAGCACAACAGUUCUGUCGCUAACCAGGACACUGGGCCUACUUGGAGGACGAGAGGGCUGCUAGAAGAGCUGAAUGCUGAGACAGAUCACUUGAAUGCUGGAUUCCUGGCAGGCGGCAAGGCCCCCAGCAGCAACACCCAGGUCAAUGAAGAAAUUAAUAUAGCAUCAUCAGACAGCGAGGUGGAGAUUGUGGGAGUUCAGGAACACGCAAGAUGUGUCCAUCCUCGGGGAGGAGUGAUUCAGAGUGUGUCUUCCCGGAAACACGUCUCAGGCCUGCAGUGCACCCGGCAAUCUGAACCAUGGACAGGUGUGGCCCCCCCGCAGAAUUGGUCUUCGCCGCCCGAAGUGGUGGAUCUCACGCUGGACGAGGACAGCAGGCGCAAAUACCUACUGUAAUGCAACUUCACUGUGUUUUCUAGUCACUUAGCCCUCUUCUUCCUUUUGUGGCACAGAAGUUUCUGGUUAUCGCCUCGGUGUUCAAAGCCUCUGCUCCUGGCAUUCUGGAAUUCAGAGUCCUCCGGGAGGGUUUCCUCCUCUUCUGAACUCCUCCUCCCCUCCCCCCCGACACCCUCCAAUUAAAAUUGCAUCAUCAAGAACUUUCCUUGAGAUAUUGACCCCUCUGUAGUCAAAGGGAGCUUUCUCUCUUACGGAAAACUUAGUGGCACUGUAAUUCAAUAACAACUUCCAGGUUUUUUUUCAUUGUGUGUGAUUAAUUUAGAGCAUUCGUUGACAGCAGCAGCAACACCUUCCAACCCACGCCCUUUAGAGAGCCGUACAAUUGCUUUAAUUCACCACUAAAACGGAUGUCGCUGGUACAUGUGGGGCUUUAUUAUUAUUUUUCCCCUUGCAUUUUUUUAUUAUUUAAAAAUAAAUAAAUAACACCACUGGCCCAAUUUGUUCAUAGCUCUGAAUGCCCCCAUCAUGAUUGUAGUAUAACUGUGGGAGCUUAGACGGGGGCAUUCCUAACGCAAGUUGAUUUGGUUGCAAAACCAGCAGGAAUUGAUCACAAAAGGCCUCUAGCACGCACUGAGCAGCUCUGUUUAAAACCCUAAAGAUUGUUCUCAACAUAAUUUGUAGCUUGCACACUGCUCAGUGCUCAGUCUCCUCAUAAUAACGCAUUUUAUUUUUUCUCUUUAGACUACUGUACUGUUACUGGUCAUUUGGCCCAGAUUGUUACAGCCUUUUUUUGUUUUGUUUUGUUAUUGUUGUCGUUCACCCGAAGCAAACAAAAGCACAAGGAAGUGACACAUCACAAAAGUACCUAAUUCUGAUCUCAGGUGUGGUUUUCAUGUUAAGCUUUAAAGGUCUGGGUGCAGCCUAACCCGUAUCUCUAUGUGUUUGGAGGUAUGUAAAAGCAGAACAUGAGCACUAGAGUUGAUCCUUCUGCCCUGGGCUGCAUUUGUACAAAGGAAUUUCGGUUUUUAACAAACCUUUAGCACACUAUCCUUCCUGUCCUCCUCUUAGCAAGAGAAGAAUUAGAGGAGGCUGCUGGGUCGCUAGGGACUCGCCUUCCAAGGGAAGCAUUUUCUCAGCUGGGCGAAUGUUUACAGAGUAGGCCCAGCUCAAUCUCUUCUCAGGGUGACUGGCACCUACUCUGUUCGAAACAGAGCAAGAAAUAACUCGUAGAGAGGAAGCCUCCCGUAGCUUCUCUGAAUAUUACCACCCUACAGAGGAAAGCAUGAAGCUCUGUAUGCAAAGCAUGUAUGAUCAAAAGUAGAACAUAUCCUCUUACAUAGCCGUCGCCCCUGAGAAUUACCCAGCACGGCUUUGCCUUCAUUCAUUUGAUUGCUGCCGCAGAAAAAGCAGCGAAAUCUGGAGCAGCAAGGGAAGCUUUGCCACAUAUAUGGAUCACUUCAUGUGGAUGAAAAAGAAUGGGAGGGGAUUGGAGUUUCCUUUUGUGUGUGUGUGCAUCUUCAGAGAUGAGGUGUUAAUCUGUAAGUGUACCUUUGCUUUUCAUACUAACAUGAGAAAUGACCCUUGAUUUUACCUUCUUUUAAAAACUCGGCUGAGCACUGCUGGGCUUCACCAACUCUUGGGGUUAUGCCCCUUGGCUUUAGAACGGUUCCCUGGCCCAGAUUCUGCAAGUCCUGACAUUUGCUGCAAGCCGGGAUUUCUCCUUUCCCGCAUGCCUUCUGUUCUCUUGCAAGGGCUGAUAGGACUUAGGCAGCAACAUAAUGGCAGCUGGACUCAUUGGGCACAUUAGAUCUUCAUGUUUGUCCAGUCACCUUUAGCUGUAGAGUCCAUUGCACACCCAGACAAAGUUGUUUUGCUAGAUUCCUGACCAGUGUUGGCUUCAAUCAUUAGUGCAUCUGGGGCAGUUUCUGAAUAAUAUGUGGGCAAUGCCCUUUGUUCCUCAAGACUCCUUAAAUGCCUUGACAGUUCGAAACGGCAUUCAUGCAGUUGUUUCAGUUCUGUUAUUGGUCGCUACAAAAUGAUCUUUCCUUAUGCAACGGCAGUAGCUGUUGGUGGACCAAACCUUUGCAUAUGGUAAGGUUACCACUCUGGGUUAUCAAGGAGUAAGAAUAUUCUCUCUCUGGAAGGGUAGGACACACCAAAGCUGAGAAGCAACUUCAGUUCAUACUGAGCCUUAUUAGAACAGAAGACGAAUGUCCUGACAUUCAGACAGGUGGUAUUGGAUCGCCAUGCUUCUUGUUGUCUAUAAAAGCCCUAGAUAACCAAUGCAUUCCCCAAGUGAGGGUGGGGGGCAGAUCAGGCCCUUGGUCCCACUGAGUUUUGCUGAAAGCCAAGCCAAGAGACUGCACUUUGGGGGCAGUUCAGUCAUCAUUUACACUGGAGUAGAUACAGCCUGUUGAAUAGACAUUGGUUAAGUGGUUAAUGACACACAGCCAGCUUUCAGUUUAAAAUCUCCUUGUUGUGCAAUCCCUGCAUGUGUUGUUACGUUGAACUGAACAACGUUUAUGCUUCCCACAAAGUUCUUUAUGCUCACUAGAUCACGCUGCCUGUACUAAAAAGACCUUCCUAAGUCCCCAUCUGAUUGUCAUUUGAAGGACAGCAUGGGACUUGUUUGCCCUUCUUAGUUUGAUUCAGUGGGCAAGACUUUUGGGAGAGGGUUGCCUUGGAUAGUUCUGCAGAUGUGGCAGGUCUUGAGAUUGCUCUUGAUGCCAGCUAUGAGCAGUUUUGCUGAUGAUAUAAAGUGGGAAGGAUGUGGUCACUCUUAAAAGAACAACUUGAUAACAGGUUUCUGCAGAGGGGAUGAGUCGUAUCUCCUGCUCUCCCCACACUCUAUCAAUGACCACAAGGUGGACUUGGAGACUUGGAUUUUAUUGUUAGAUGGAGGCAAUCAGGACUUGACUUGUUGAACAGAUAAUGCUUUGUUGUCCUGGCCACAGUUCCAAUAGACACCAUUAGGCUUGCCAGCUUUUGAUCUGGAGACUGCACCUGUUGCUUCAACAUCUGCGCGGUGGUGAGGCCUUAUUUCAGACUGUAGGCGAAGGAAUGGCAUGUUUCAGGGCUCUGCCAUCUUAGCAACAUCUCUGCAAAAUGGAAAGCGAGGAUGUCUGAGAGAAGUCUAGGCUGCAGCUCCCUCUCUGAAGUAGUUGCCAGGGCUCAGGAAAAAUUUUUUUGGGGGGGAAAGUAUUUUCAUGGGCAGUUUCUUCCGCCUUCAGCCUGCAAUGUUAACAUGAUUAUGCUAACUUUGGGAACAGUGUCUCCUUCCCCCGAGCUAAAAUUGCCAGAUUGUGAAAUCCGAGUCCUGCUUGCUAUGGCAGGCAAAGCAGCAUGGACUGAAGAUGUACAGCAGACCCAGGCAGGGGUUGCCAGAACAGCAGGGUGGCAUGGCAUUACUCACUUGCCAUCUCAACAUGGAGGUUGCUGCUGGUAGGGGCGAGGGAGGUCAGCGCACUGCGGGAGCAGCAGCAGAGCCAAUCUGACGCUGUGUCCACGCCAACCUCCUCUCCUCUCCCUCUCAGCUAUUGGUAGAAUCCCCCAUGUUGGAUAGCCAGGUGGGCAACGCCACUCCACCAGCCGCUACUGUGCGCAGGACCCAUUGGCCCUAAACAGUGUAUUCACCUACCACCCAAGGCUGUUAAAGCUAUCAGUUGUGCCUGCAGAUCUUUUGCCCCAAAGGCCACCCCUUCUUUUUGUCCUCACUCGCUGGUUCCAUCGCUCUCAAACUACAUUGCGAAAGGAACACCAGGCUCAAAGUCACCUGCGCACGAGAAGGCUGCUUGGGAACGGCUUUCUCGUGGCCCUGUCCCAUGUGAUUGGAGUGUGUGUGUGUGUGUCUGUGUGUGUGUGAAUGGCACUGCCACGAGGCAUUGGCCAGCUGCCUAGCUCUUCCCAGCUGGUUGUGGCAUGCUGGCAGUCAGGUGAGAAACACCAGUCGCCCAGCAUGUCCAUUUCCAGUUUUCACGCAUGCCUGUGACGACUGCAUGGAUUGCAUCAUGGGGAAGUAAUUCAGAUGGAGGUGCGUUUGAAAAGCACCGGAGCAAGCUAACCAGGCAGCCAUUGGCCGAGAACGGCUGCUUCGUUACUACCGUUAAUGAAGUUGCCUUUUGAAACAUGAAAAUUGGCUCUCUUUAGAAAAUCUAUGAGCCAUGCUGGUCUACUAAGCUGGUAAGCCCAGUAUCCUCCCUUUUACGCUGGCCAGUACCAGAAGCAUCUAGGAGUCCUUCCUUUUUUUAAAAAAAGAAAGAAGCAGAAGGGGAAAACAAAAACUUUGUAUAUGCUGUGACUUCCAUGUACAUAUAAAAAAUAUGACUGCAUUCUAACCAAACUUCCUCUAAUUGUGCACUGUGUUUGUUUUUAAAGGAAUCAUGAACUCCAAGCUUGAUAACCAGUUCAUGUCUCUCUCUUUUAAUUUAAAAAACAAAACAAAAAACACUACGUUUCUUUUGCUGACUUGGAUAAUUUUUUCUUAAAGCUAUGUUCUUUUAAAAAAGAAAGAGAAAAGAAAGAAAAAAUUCAAACCGCAAUCACUGGAUAGUUAAUACAUUACUUCUUCGUCUUCUUUUUCCUUUCCCCCCUUUUCUUCUUCUUCAUCUUUGUGUGAGAGAGCAAAAGGUGGCUGGGACUGAUUUUCUCUUUUCUCAAUGGAUAAGUGAAAUUGUAGCCAUCGUAUGGCUAAGAACAAAUGCACUUGAUCGUCCUUGCACAGGCCUGUGAAACAUGCGCCCAUCCUGGCUUCCCAGGCACGCUUUGCAGACCAGCAGGAUCUUUGAUAAAAAAAUGUGGCGUUUGUGCCACAAAAAUACAGAUUCUACCCAAGAAACUGGCAGGCUGCAUCUUGGGGGCUCUUUGUUUUCCUUACAGGCCUGGUUUUAGCAGCUUCUCUUCUUGCUGGAGCUCAAGCUUGGAAUCUUCCAGUGGAGACAAAAAUAAAAUAAAAUAAAAUGCUUAGAAUUUAUUGUUUUCAGUUGUGUAGCUCUUGAAUUAAAAAAAGACACAAAAAAACCACACAAAAAUGUUCUUUUUAACACUCAUUCUCGUUUCCAUCUAGUAUUUAAUGGUCUUUGGAGAAGAAAAAAUAAUAAUAAUAAUAAUAAAACAGAGUGUUAUAAAAUAUAUAUAUUUUUUGGUGCAAGAUGAGACUUUCUGUUUUUUUUGGAAACAAGUCUGUAGCAUAAAGUUUAAACUAUUUUAAGACAAAAUAAAAUAGAGUGGAUUAUUUAAA